CCAUUUCAUAGUCAACGACUCUAAACACUGAAAACCUCCACUUCUUUACUCCAUUUCUAUUUUCCAAUCAAAUCCAUUCAUUUUCAUUCUCAAAAUAAACACAAAAACAUGUUUCAACUUCAAUUACUCAUCGCAAUCCUCACUUUAUCAUUCACUACCCAAUCAUACUCUUCCACGUCACAACUCUCCAUUAUCCAAUCCCAUAAACCCAACCCCAUAUCCAUCUCUGUCAUCGCUUUCGGCGCUUCCGGCAACGGCAUCAAAUACGACACCGUUCCUAUCCAGAAAACCGUAAACGCAUGCUCAGCAGCCGUAUCCAAACACUGCCAUCAAUGCCACGUUAUUUUCCCGCCAGGAAAGUACUUAACAGCCACAAUAUUCCUGAAAUCCGGCGUCGUAUUGGAUAUACAUAGGAAAGCAACGAUUUUAGGAGGACCGAAGUUGGAGGAUUAUCCCAAGGAGCAGAGCAGGUGGUAUGUGGUGGUGGCGGAGGAUGCGGUGGAUGUGGGGAUUACUGGAGGUGGAGAAAUCAACGGACAGGGAUUGAAGUUUGUAGAGAGAUUUGAUGAGAAGAAGAAUGUGAUGGUGAGUUGGAACCAUACUGGAGCUUGCCUUGGGGAUGAGUGUAGGCCAAGGUUGGUUGGGUUUAUUGGCUGCCGGAAUGUUAAGGUCAACCAUGUCAAACUCAUCGAACCUGCUCUCUGGUGGUGCGUGCUCUAUAACUUGUGGUUGUGGGCCCUAUGGCUAAAUUUGCAUCUUGUACGAAGUGAUAACACAGCAAUCCGUGAUGUAACAAUAAAUGGAAACUUCAAUUCACCCAACAAUGAUGGUAUAGACGUAGAGGACUCUAACAAUACAGUUAUCACAAGAUGCAACAUCAAUACAGGAGACGAUGCUAUCUGUCCAAAGUCAUCAACUGGACCUGUUUACAACCUCACUGUAACAGACUGCUGGAUUCGAACAAAAUCUUCUGCCAUCAAACUUGGAAGCGCUAGCUUUCACACGUUCAAGAAUUUCUUGUUUGAUAACAUUACAAUUGUUCAAUCUCAUAGAGGCCUUGCUCUACAAAUUCGAGAUGGAGGAAAUGUUAGCGACCUGACCUUCUCAAACAUAAACAUGAGUACAAGAUAUUACCACCCAUCAUGGUGGGGAAGAGCAGAGCCUAUCUAUGUGACAACCUGUCCAAGAGACGCUAAUUCAAAAGCAGGUUCAAUUUCCAAUUUGCUAUUUGUCAACAUCACAGCAACUUCUGAAAACGGCAUCUUCUUAUCGGGGUCAGGAGGUGGAGUCCUGGGCAAUCUGAAGUUCAUAAACAUGAACCUGACAUACAAGAGAUGGACAAAGUUCCCGGAUGGGUUGGUGGAUUACAGGCCAGGAUGCCAACAACUUGUAAAGCACCAAACUGCAGGAUUCAUGAUGGAGAAUAUUAAUGGUUUGGUUGUUGAAAAUGUAGUCAUGAAAUGGUCCAAUAAUGAAUCGAUGAGGUGGCAUAAUCCUUUGGAUUUCAGGCCAUCAACUGUAAAUAACAUUUCUUUGCUCAAUUUUUACUCCAGAUCCUACCAACAAUGAGGGAUGGAUGAGCAGGAAGCUGCAAGUAAAAUCUUUUCUUCCGAAAAAUAAAGCUGCAAAAAGCCACUCCUCUGAAACUGAAAUUAUUUAGCCACUCCUCUGAAACUGAAAUUAUUUAGCCACUCCUCUGAAACUGCAAUUAUUUAUGUGUUCAUGAUUAAUGCAAAGUGGUGUCGAUUUGGACUUGCUCCAGUUGAAUUGCUCAUCCGCUAAAUAUAUGUUUUCGGUUUUCCUGUGGCGGAUUUUGAUAUUUGAUCAAAGUUGUUGUUAACCUGUUCAGUUACAUAUUUGGAUUGGUUGUUGUUUA